UAUCAACAGCUCUACGACCCUGGCCAUUGAAAAAGGUGACAGGCCUAUAAAAACACAACAACCCACUACAAGGCCCGUAAAAAAGUUUAUCUGGCGAUUGUAGUUUGUGGUACUUCAAUGCGGUGAGAGAGCGUGGCCUGUAGAAACCGCAGCGGGGCUUGAAGUUCGCAGCACACGUCGUGUUUCUGUGGGACUGUUAUUAGACCGGGAGUUGCGCUGAGCUAGUACGGAGCUGUUUUUUUCUUCUUCGUAAAGCGGAUCAGCAGUUACAAAAGGAACUUCAGUGCCGUGAAAAGAUUCGAGUGGAAUCAAAUAUAAGCCAAAACCACAGCGAAGUACAGAUUUGGGGCUGGUGACUUCUCAUUCAGAGACACACGUCUUGAGUUCUUUACAAGUGCCCACAAGUUUCUUAGAAGGAAACUUUCGCGCUGUAAAAUAUACAGGAAGCCAACACAGUGCAGUCGGAAAUCUGCAAUUAGCGAAACAAUUUAUUGGUGAGCAGUGACGCUACGUGUAUAAACAUCGGCCCCCAUUUGGGUGAGUGGUCACUCCACACUGCAUGUAUUGCGUCUUCAAGGUCAGAACGUGGAGGCUGGAUAACUCACACUUGUUGCCACUACAAGCAGAUGGAAAACCAAGCUACGGAGAAGUAAAAUCUGCAUUCCGUAUAAUGACGUAACUAAUUACUUCAACUGACCACCAUUUAUUGAAUCCGUACUUGCGAACCACAGUGUAUUUCCUUCCUCUAUGCACAGCGCAAGGACCAGCUAGAUUUCCAGAACCAACUUCAGAAGGGUGACUUGGAUUUGACGUUUCAUUUCGUGGGAGGAAGGUUUGAAACAGGUGAAGGGUUUGGAGCAACAGGUGCGCCUAGAUUUGUCUUUUUGUAGGAAGUGUUUUUCGUGGAAAGGAACAGUUUUUGUUCUUCAAGAUGUUUCCGAAGGGAACAGUACCGGACAAGCUGGUGAAGAAGGAGGCGAUGGUGUAUCUUGUAGGUGAGAAGGAUGUACAGGUUGCGCUGAAAAGAGCAAGCAGAACGGAGGUCAAAAGAGCAGCGAUCUGCGCAUGCGCCGUCGUCCUAACAACCCUCAUCCUCGUCGCUGGUACACUGGGCUCCAUAACACUGUGGUUAUCAUUCCACCACUCGUCACACAUCGGCCAUUACGGCCUGUUCGAUGGGAACCAUGGACACGCUGGUAUCUUGCCAACUUCCGUUGGCAAAACCGAAAACGAGGCUGCGGCGGGUCACACGCCACACGGGGACAAAGGUCAAGAUGACGUCACAGAAUCUUUCACCGCGAUGCCAGGGGUAGCCACUGAUGCCGGUGACAUCGUCAUUGAUGAGGGAGACCGAGGUUCCAGCCAAUCAGCGACAACGACCGCUAAACCAACUCAUCAUGAGGAGCAGACGACGGAAACAGCGCCCUCUGUGGACGAGUCCAAAUCCUCGGUUUGGGAGAGUUUCUCCGCGCCGUUGUACUCCUCCAUUUUUGGGAGACCUUAUGACUACAGCGAGUACGACGAGUCGGAUAACCCGGAGGUAAUCUCGGGGUCAGGGCUCAUACCGGAUGCUGAGGGCGGGGAUUAUGUUGAGAUUCCGUACAGGCCGACCGGUGGUGGAUCAGACUACUCGACCUAUGACCCCAGCUACGACACCGGAAGUGACCCCGAUGUGGACAGUGCUUCCGGGUCUGGCUCUGGUGAUGAUGAGGAAGGAGAAAAUAGUGGGGAUUACUUUGUUCCUACUUUUCAAGACACUCUCCAAGUCGUGAAGGAGGAGCGAGUUCCGAAACUGACCACUCCCCAGGAGUUUACGGCGGUCCGGUACCCGAUACCGGUCACGGACUAUCGAACCCUCUGCACGCCCAAAUCCUGUACGAUCGGUUUCAUGAGUGACGACAGAGUAGAGGUCAUCGAGACUGACCUUCAAAUGAGACCUCAGAAACUGACGGUUCUUCAACGAGGUGGUGGCAAACUGUUCACAAUAAUACGAGAUGAGGCACAGGGCUACAGGGCGAUAUUAUUGGAGGAGACCGGUAUUUGUCUUCUCGCGAGACUUGAGGAUAUGCAAAACCUGAAAAUUCGCAGAAAUUCAGCCAAGCCGAUCAUCGAGCAGCUCCGGGUGACUUUAUCUCUCGAGCUCCCGGAGCAGCUUCUCGGCCAGAUAUCCGGUCCCAUCACGGAGACCUGUCGCAACGUCCCCGUAUUCUGGGCACAACAGGUGGGCGACGGUGACGACAUCAGCAUCAUCAACAGACUCAGAAGGAGUCUACUGCCCUCAAGAGGCGGUGAUUACAGGGACGAGUUGACCAUAGAGGGCGGUAUUCACUUCCAGUGUUGCUGGUGUGCCGACGAGUACGACCCGUGUCCGUGUCAAUGUGGCUUCUUCUAAAACAUCUUCGGAACAAUACGCGUCUGUAAAUAUUUACAUAUUAUUAUUGACCUGCAUUUAUAUUAUUUUUUUUGUUAAUUAAUUUGUAAACGUAUUUCUUCAGACAAUACAAAAUGCGAUAAUUCAAUAUAGUAACUAUUUUUUGGCAUGCAGCUAGCUGUAUUUUUUCAAUGGCUAAAAUCGCUCUGUUAAUACCUUAAACAAAAUGACACAUUGGAAGCACAGUGCACAUAAUAAGUGUUCAUUUUUUUUUUUAUCGAACCUCAACAAAGUAGGUCUACAGAGUUGAAUCAGAUAACUGUAACUUUAAAUCUGUCGUAUUUUUGUUCCGGUAUUUGGAAAAGGGUGCACGCUCCAAACGCUUUAGGCCCAUACAAUAAACAAUGCAGUCUGUAAUUAAUGAAAGUAAGGGCAUUUUAGUCCAACAAUUAUUUGAUAAUUUCAGACGCAGAUAUAUCUCGUGACAAUCUGUUCAUCUAUGCUAUACUUGUGAUUAAUCACAAUCAGUAUCUUUCUUUUGGCGUACAGGUUGCAAUUUUGUGUUCUAUUUUAAACGACAUAAGAAUCCGCCAUUUUUAUUUUUAUUAUAUGACGCGGGUUUACUUUGCGGCCGACAAUCAGACAGUCAUUAUUUCACUGUCUUAUAAAAACAAAAUGUGUUCAUUUUUUCGUACCUCUUUAUGUAUAUAAUUAUUAUAUAAUUAUUAUAAACAAUAGCAUUAUUAUUAAACAAACUGAGAUUGUAAUAGAUCGAUGUAAUCAUUCAACGGACUUUAUGCAGUGACGUCAUCACUCCGCCAUCUUGAGAGCUAAAUAAUGUGAUGCAACCAUAAAAAAAGAAAAUCUGUGCGCGUGGCCCACAUAAUAGACUGAACUUUGCCCAAUUUCAUAGCGGAUAGAGACAGGGAUUGGUUCUGUAUGUAUACACAAGUCAUGUACGUUAGAUUUGACAGCGAAUCACCAGAACCAUGAAUGCCAUGUGAAUCGAAUGCAAGGUCAAAGGUGAUUAUGAACGUAGGCUCAAUGCGUAAGAUCUCUGGCGUAAUUCACGAAUCAUGGGCCUCAAAGUGUGACUUCAGAUGUUCAGACUACUAUGUGUGUCGACUUCCAACUGAGGGCGCCCUACUCUAAUGACGUCAUGUGCACAUAGUAUGUUGUACAGUUAUAGUUUCACAUUACAGUUUCGUACUUAAUUUUGAUAAACCAAUACUCUUUUAUAGAUUUUUUUUUUGUAAAAAGAAAAAGUUCAGACUAUGCAAAAUAACACUCUGAAUUUGAAGAGACUUUUUGUAUCGGAUUAAUAUGUGAAUAAAUUACCCUUGAUCUAUAA